AUGGAUAACGUAGUGAAAGCCGUGGGUGCUGCGAAUAUUGAGAAAAUAAUUGACAAAACAUCAUCCAACCCGGCGAUGCAGCAUUUCCAGACGAAUGAUUCAAGUGCUAGUACCAAUGACGACGAACGUGUCGUAUUGCAUGCCGACCAAGCCAAUAAAAGUGGUUGUGCUUUCGAAACACCGACGACGGAUAGAAACCUAUUCCGAUUGCAAAAGUGCUCCACGAAAAUAUUUGGCCUCUCGCCCGUUUCGGAAAUUGCCGCUGCACUGCAAGACUCUGGCCUGAACUCUCCCAAAUUGAGCCUGGAAAAAUUGAAGCUAAUUCGCACAGUCAAAGAAGACAAAUUUCAACACGUGACUGAUGAGAGUGAGAUAACGUCAUCCACUAAAUGUUCCACCAGCAAAGAGCAGCUCCCGAAUGCAGACGAGUGUUGUCAAAAUCUUGACAAUGUCGACGGCGACAUCAAAGACGAUGGAUCCAGUCAGUGGCAACAGCAGCAGGACGAUGCAAAGAUGUUGAACCACAGCCGUUUCACGCUCAACUCCGCCGGUCGAUCACCAGCAACCCGUCGGGCGGAACAGCUCCAACGCAGCACCCAGCGCCGGCAACACAUCAUUCCCCAGCGCAUUAUCUACGACGAUGGCUGCAAAAUGCUGGGCUCACCGAGCAAGGACAACCUUCCCACGGAGGAGCUGUCGUUCUACCAGAGCCACAGCCCGCAGCAGAGUCCGCGCCCGUGUAGCCCGUGCACGCUUUGUCCGGAGGAUCCGCUGGGUGGCGAACUGCUACCGUCGGAGAACAACUCACCCACCGUGGCGAUUCCGAUCGGCAUCAAGCAUGCGUCCGGGCCCAUCGUCGGUGGCAAGCAGGUCACCACCGGUACGCUGGGUUACCGCCUGCGACGACCGCUGGACGAUCACGAUCCGAACUCGAUGGAUUCCGGUUAUGGCGCGAGCGUCCUUAGCGACGUCCUGAUGAGCUCCAUCCACAGCAGCAGCAGCAGCAGCAGCACCAUCAGCAGCACCGGUGGCAGCUCCGGACUUAUCGCGCCAAAAUCGCACUCCAUAUUCCAGUUCAGCCAGCAGCCGUCCGCGAGCUCGGUCUCGAUGUCACGGCACAGUUCCACCUCACCGUCGAGCGCGCGUAGCCGAUUCCUGCACAGCAGCCUUUCGUCCGGUUCGAUGGAGUCGAUGGACGAAAUGGAGCUGUUCGACAUGGAAGCGAUGGAGGAUGACGAGCUGCAAGGCGCGUCGGAAGCUUACGGGGCGUCGCAUCAACACGCGGCACCGCAUCAAGCCCUGCAGUCGACGAUGCUGCCCAGCGGCUUGAGUUCGCUGAUUUGUGGCACCAUCAAGACGACGCGCACAAGCAACACUCCCGAGCAGAAGCGACCGUUCGUGCGGCGCUGCCUGAGUUUGACGGAGAACACCAACAACAAGCUGAACAUCCAGCAGCUGCAGCAUCAGCAACAGCAGCAGCAGCAGCAGCAACACGCCGGUGUUGUCGCGACGCAGUUGAAGACACCGGAGCGUUUCUGUCGGCGCAUGAUCGCGACGGAGGAUCAGGAGAACUACAACCUGACACCGUUCGCAACCCGCCCGACGGUGGGCUCUCCGGCGGAAGUGACGCGUUGCUUCAAGCGGCCCGAACCACCAGGCAUCAGUCCGGUGCAGAGCAAACGCAGCAAAACCCAGUCGGACUCGAUGGCAACUGUCGUGAGCGUUUUUGAUAGCCCAGCACGCACGACCGUCCUGGCGGCCGUCCCGAAGAAGGUGGUCUACCAGAAGUCGAUCUCGAUGAACGAUGCCCAGAUUAUGACCGCCCUGUCGCGGUCCUCGUCCGAGCCGGAUCUGAUCGGGGACUUCAGCAAAUCGUACGUGCUGCCGUUGAUGGACGGCCAGCAUCGGGAUUUGAAGUCGAUCUCGGGGGACACGAUGGCGCGGUUGGUACGGGGCAGCUACAACGACAAGAUCGCAAGCUUCAAAAUCAUCGACUGCCGGUACCCGUACGAGUUCGAGGGUGGUCAUAUACGGGGCGCGAAGAACCUCUACACGCAGGAGCAGAUCAUCGAGGAGCUGAUCAAGUCUAAGGCUGAAUCGCCGGUGGUCACCGGAAACCAGGAUGGGCCGGUGCGGCGCCACAUCAUCGUGUUCCAUUGCGAGUUUUCGUCCGAGCGAGGUCCUAAACUGUCUCGUUUCCUGCGCAAUCACGAUCGCAUCCUGAAUGCGGACAGCUACCCAGCGCUUCACUAUCCCGAGAUGUACCUGCUGCAUGGUGGUUACAAGGAUUUCUUCAAGGCGCACGCCGAGCUCUGCGAUCCGAUCGCCUACCGGCCGAUGCUGGAUCCGGAGUUUGGCGAUGCGUACCGCCACUUCCGGGCCAAGUCUCGCAGUUGGAAUGGCGACGGUACGGGUACGAUCAAAGCUGCGGCCACAUCUGGCUCGCUGAACGGUGGUCCGAGCCGUCUCACCAAGUCCCGAUCAAGACUGAUGCUGUAA